GACGCUACUUGACUUGGCCAAUUUGGCCAUUGGGACCCCAGAAGUGGGGGCGGUGAAUUUCACUGCUCUGCACACUCUCCUCCACACCAUCAUCAAGCACUUACACAUCCAGGAUGUUAGCGUCCAGCUCCCUGCAAGCACCGGACAGUACCCACCACCGCCACCAGGGGGAGUGCCUGGAGAAGAGGAUCCUGCACCUAGAGAAACAGCUGGAGGUUCUGAACAACUUGCCCUCUGGAUUAGAUCUGAUUGCAAGGAGCACAUCUGGCCAGCAGGGCGGGAGCAGCCCUGUGGAGGACAUGUGGCAGAUGAUGAAGCUGAAGAGCAGGCUGGAGGUGAAUGAGGAAGGAGUGUGUAAGGCUAUGGCAGUGCUGCAGGACCUCAUGCUGGAGGUCAACAUCCUAAAAGAGUCACAGCGGGAGGUACAAGACCAGAUCCAGAAAAUGCCCGAUACUGCAGGGGUGGAGACCGGGCAGCAGCUGGAGCAAAGGCACGGGGACACAAAACCGGAAUUGGAGGAGGACAGCUUGCAGAAAGAGCUGGAAUUGUUGAAGGCUCAGAUGAAGGAACUGGAAGAAAAAUGUGGAAUCGUCCAUAAGACUUUGACAAUACGUCCAGAUCUUAAGGACCCCAUCAUAUCGGACACUACACGGUCUCGGACACAAUGGUCGAGUCAGGAUGGAGACUCUGCUCUCCCUGUGGAGACCCUGCAUGGUCCGGCAGCGGGUACAUUGGAGGACCCUCCGAUAGAGGUGAACGGACAACCGCAGGAAAGAGACCUUCUCCAUGCUCACCCUGGGGCCCCCGUGCCUCAGAAUAAUGAGCUUAACUCUUCUAUGAGUAGCAUGGAUCCUACCGCGGCUCCUGGGUCACCUGGAGUUGCCCCGUCCAUAUCUAAGGAGCAUGUCGUGCUCUAUGCAAGGCUAGACACACUGGAGAGAGACAAGGCCGACCGGGUCGAACUUGGACGUUUGCAGAAAAAUUCAGAUGACCUCGCCGCGACACUCAACCACCUGAAGAGAGAGAUUCAAGACUUGAGGGGAGACCCCCAUAAGUCGGACCAGCUGCAGAGAUCAAUGGACCCGUUCAGAACCUCACGACAUGGCCAGACGUUGGACGAAACCAGCCUCGAUGCUACCAUCCAAGACAUUGAAAAAGAGCUGAAGGAACUUCGUGAAAGAGGGAAACUGGAAAGAGCCGUCAUGGAGGAGACGGUGGCUGAUGACUCUCUACAGCCGCAAGAUCAGGAAGGAGAACUGAUGGGUCACAACCAGAAAAGAAUGGCGCAGCUGCAGGAGGAGUGUGAACGCCUGAUCCAAACAAUGGGAUCUUUAAUUCAGGACCUUCAACAGAAGCAACGACACAUUGAUGUCCUUUACCAGACGGUGGAGGAUCUUACCAAGAACAAACUAGAUGCAGAGCACAUUGGACCAGAGAUUGACGCGAAAGCAGACAAGCGUGUGCUGGACAGGAAAGUGAGCCGCACACAAUUUGAUGCCACCACAGAACAUCUGAGCAGAAUGAUACAGGAGCUGCUUGGCAAAAUGAGCGCCCAGGAGCAAGACUGGCAGAGACUACUGGAGAAAAUCAGUCUGGAGAUGCAGAAUAAAUUGGACCGCGUGGAACUUGAACCACUGAAGAACAUCUUGGAACAAUGCUGGCGAGACCUUCACCGACAGCUGGAGGAACAUCCGCCGCAGUACGAGGCCGACGAGGCUGCUGGUAUCCGCAAGCAGCUGCUAAGAAGAUUUCAAUGCCUGUCCUGUGACCGCACGGUGAACAUGCUAGUGCCCGGCUCAGAAAUAUUAACCAUCCCAAAUAUUCCUGGGCUACCAGCUCAUCGUUCCAACCGGCCAUACACUGUCUUUGAACUCGACCAAAUCCGUCAGCAGAGCCGCAGUGAUCGCUUACCGCAAACUAUUGAUUUUGGAUUUACGUCCAGCUCCCGCAACUGUGGAGGAAGUCACACAUUGACCUUUCCGCAAAGACGUUACACUAGGCUGCAGGCUGGCGCUCCAAGUGCUGCACAGAAGGAGGAUACUGUGGGCGGUUUGAAAGAUGUGGUUUUUAUGUUAGGCCAGGAUGGGAACAUCUAUCGUGGCAGGAGGGACUACCAAUUGCCAGCCAUAAGGAAUAAAGAUGGCAAGAGAGUAACGGUUGCUCAUCAGAAGAUUUGUGACUGUAACUUAAAGGGAGAAGAGAAUUUGAAUGGCUGUUCUUCAGUCAUGGCUUCUGAUAUUCAUUAUGGUGUUUCCAAAGCCCAUAUGAAAUCAUCUCUGGCAUCUGAAGAACCUUUGCCUUCCAUUAAGGACAGCCUACAGCCUGCAUGCACAUAAAGAGGCUGCAGUAUCUCGUGGGGCCCAUAUUCAGGUGUUGUAUCAUCUGUAAUGAACUUCAGCCUCUUGAUGGAAUCCAGAGGUUCAACCUUCAAAAGCUUUAACCUAAGUUUAACACCAAGCAAUAUCCUUGAAAUGAAACUCUUCUUCUGCCCAAUCGGAAAGAAACCUGAAACAUUUACUUGUGAAUUUUGACUUCUCGGUGCUUUUCACAGACACUGUGGUUUUCGUAAGGAAAAGAGGAAGUGGUAUAAUAUAAUCGAAAAUAAAAAAGA